GAAAUAGACCAGAGCACCGAGAGUAGAGACAAGUAAUGCAAUUGAGUUGUUCAAUGAUUUUCAAACUAGUCAAAGGAAAUUGAAAAUGAGCGUGGGUCCUCUAGUUACGGAAAUCGUCCUGGCUUUUUGCCUGGCUGCGACUCUACUCUACAGAUAUGGCAAUGUAUUCAGAAAUCAUAUCGUUGUCACAUUGUCGGUGCUCAUCGCCUGGUACUUCUCGUUAUUGAUUAUAUUCGUACUACCUCUAGAUGUUUCUUCAACUGUCUAUCGCCAAUGCAUUGAGAAAAACCCAGUGGUAAACGCAACAAUCCAAAGCUUAGAGCGAAAUGGUACCAGUCCCUCAACACCAUGUCAGAAGCCCUGGUCAAGUGUCGCCGACAACGUAUUCCCCAAUUUAUGGAGAAUAGUGUACUGGACCUCCCAAUGCUUAACAUGGUUGAUCCUUCCGCUGAUGCAGUCUUACAUAAAAGCCGGUGACUUCACUAUCCGAGGAAAACUCAAAUCAGCAUUAAUUGACAAUGCAAUCUACUACGGAAGUUACCUGUUCAUCUGCGGAAUUUUGUUGAUUUACAUUGCCCUCAAGCCAGGCCAAAAUUUGGACGGUCAGAAGUUGAAAGCCAUCGCCUCAUCAGCUUCCAACACUUGGGGAUUGUUUCUCCUUGUCCUGCUCCUCGGAUAUGCCCUCGUGGAGGUGCCCAGGGGACUCUGGAACUCCAGCAAACUCCCUUAUAAGCUCCAAUACAGUUAUUUCAAGGCAUCAAAAUUAUCUUUAGAAAAGUGUGAAGCUGAGGAGUCUGUUGACGACAUAUUGGAGUCACUGCAGGCAGCAUCAGCUGCGAUAGGCCCCAAUCAUCCAUUCUACAGGAAUCUUGAAACUAUUUUCCAAAAAGUUCCUGUCGAAGUGAAGGACAAAAUGAACAGAAGACAGCUGCCAGAUGACACUCCACUCGAUGCACCAUCUGAGAAGGCUUUGAUCAGACUUCACAGGCAGACUAUCAAGGCUCUUCAAACCCUCCAGAGAACGGAAACCCAGUGGGCAAUUUUGAUGGAGAAAAUUUUUCACCUCGAGGAUAUUGCUAAUAAUCUCUCAAAUCACGACAGAAGGUUCAAGUCUUCAUUUGGGAAACUGCGCCCACUGUACAUGCGAAUACUGUGUAAUCCGACUGUCGAGUGGUACUGGAAGUGCAUGAUAAAGAGUUAUGUCCAGAGAGCAGCUGCUGUCGCAGCUGGAUGCCUCUCGGUCGCUGUUGUCUGGUCUGAAGUCACGUUCUUCAAUAAAUCCCCCGUUCUAUCCCUGUUCGCGCAGUUUUUAAACUUGGCUAAGGCCAAAUACGACUAUUUAACGAUUGAAAUACUCUCCACAGUGAUUAUUGCGUAUUUAUGCUACUGCGCAUAUUCUACAGUGUUGAAGAUACGUUUGUUGAAUCUUUAUUAUCUUGCACCGCAUCAUCAGACCAAUGAAUACAGUCUCAUCUUCAGUGGAAUGAUGCUGUGUCGCUUGACACCACCAAUGUGCCUCAAUUUUCUGGGGCUCAUUCACAUGGACUCGCAUAUUAUCAAAACGCACAUUCUUGAAACUCAUUACACCCAAGUAAUGGGACAUAUGGAUGUCAUAUCGAUUAUCUCGGAUGGAUUCAAUGUUUAUUUCCCUAUGGCUAUUCUAGCUUUUUGUUUAGCAACGUAUUUUAGCGUUGGAAGUAGACUGUUGAAUGUACUUGGGUUUCAACAGUUUCUUGGAGAUGAUGAGCUCACUACGGAUCUUGUUGAUGAGGGAAGAGAACUUAUUCUGCGAGAGCGAAGAAAAAUACAGAGAGCCGAAGACUCAUUGACACGCAGACGUGAGUUUCAGGAGAGAUUUACAAAUCCAACAUCAGCAUCCUCUAGAUACAGAAAUAGUCGUCAGGGCAGUGAUACUGUGAGACCACUGAAGAGGGAUGAGUCCACUGAAUCAGCUAGAGCCGGUCUCCUCCGUGAUUUCGAACCCAGCGACUACUACGUUGGUACCACCUACGAUAGUGCUAAUUCAUACAGUGUAAAUAAUUACGGUGGUGGGUAUCAGGCAGCUGAUUUUUAUGAUUUACACAAUGAUGAAACACGAAAUUUCACGUCGUCAAGUAGCAGCCGCCUGACUGGUCCGCCUAGAAGAAUUUUUGAUGAUGUGUGAGUCUGAUGAUUUUUUAGUUGAUUUUUUAUAUUGAACACUUGGGCAGAAUUUAUGAAAUAGGAAUAAUUGAAUUGAUAAUAUAUUACGUAGAUGAAUAAGCAAUAGUAUUUAUUGAUUAAUAAGCAUUUUUUGGUUUAGUUAUUUUAUGGAAUAAUGAAAACCUUUGCCUUAGAGAUAAAUCUUCAUGGUUAACAUGAUGUAAUGUGUUGUGUAAUAAUUAUCAGAAGUUAAAUAAAUUGAUAUUAGUGACGAA